AUGAAAAAUCAGUGCAUUUCAAAUCAAAACACAAUCUCAACUCAGGAAACUCAAAGAGCAACCUCAUUUUCAAGCUAUAAAGAAGAUACAAUUAUUACUAAAAGAGGGACAACUUGGUAUUCUGAUGAAGAUUGAAAUGAAAAAAUUAUCUGUUUGAAAUCAAUAAAUCCUCAAUUUAAUGAUAAAAUUAUUAUUGAAAAGGUUUUACACUAUAUUCGAAACACAAAAACUUCCGUUGAAGCAUAUGAAAUUCGCCUUUACGAGCUCUGUAAAAGAAAGCAAGCUGAGGUUGGUAAUAAACCAAUUAAUUGUGAUACUAUUGAAAUUAUCCAUCCUCUAAUGAAGCUAAAGAAAAAUAUAGGCUUGAUGUCUGAUAUACAAUCAGAAAAACUAAAUAAAAGCUUUAAAGAGGAAUUAGAAAAUAAUCCAGACAUUGUCACAGAAUACAAUAUUUUAAGAAAAACUAUCAAAUUCUGUUCUGAUUUUAUAGCAAAAUUCACUUUAUUCAAGAUUGAUAAUUAUAAUUAUAGAACUUCAGGAAGAUCUAUGAAUAUAAAACCUCUUGAUCUGAUGGAGCUUAAUAAAUCCUUGUUAACAACAGAAACUAUUUGACUAUCGUUUGCAAUAAAACAUCAACCAUUAAAGUUGAUUGCCGAUGAAGCAACUAUUCAAUAUUCAUUGAUUUUACAAUCAGCAUUAAAUAAAGUUCUUGAAUAUAUUUAUAACCUCAAUCAAGUGGAUUUCAAAGCUUAUCCUAUAUUUCCUGAUCGCAGCAAUAGAUGGACCUGGAAAAAAAGCACUAAUAGAUUUCCUAAUAAUAAAGAGGUAAAUCAUUUGGAGUUUCAAAAAUUAAAAAUGCCAUGCACACUUUUUGGUCUUUCAAGACUCUCACCUCAAGAAAAUAGAGCCUUGACGCUAAAAAGCUUAAUUAAAGAGGUAGAAGUUGCUUAUAGAACUUUUGAGAAAGCUCUUAUCCAGCGGUGUCUAAAAUUUCAAUCUCCUUUAGCAAUUACUGAGUAA